AUGACCACAGUGAAUGGUUCCAACGAUAAGAACCUUCAUGACAUCAAUACUUUCGCUGAAAGCUCAACCAGUGACGAGCAUGCCGCCCUAAAUACUUCUUUCGAAUCCGACUCCAGGUCUAGUGAUUCCUAUCCUUGUCAAUAUGAAAUGAGCAGACAAGCCGGGCUGGUCUCCACGUCCACGAACUCAGGCUCAGACGACAUAUUUCAUAAAGUGAAAAACUUUCUUCGACCAGACAAAUCACAUAUUCCAAAUGAUGAUAGCUUGUCUGGUUGGGCCCAUCACGGCAGACCCUGCAGUUCGAUAUCCAUAUUCAAACGACAGACAAAACAAAUUGUCAGGCCAAGGAUCAUCUUCUCGGGUGCAUUCGCCGCAUCGGCAAUCGUCAUCUCCAAUACCUCCAGCCCGGCACUUUUAAUAUUCAUCUGGAACCUCCUUGCUAUUGUGCCGCUGUCGAUCACGCUCACAGAAGCCACUGAGAGGAUCUCCCAGGAUUUGGGUGAGACCGCUGGCGCUCUCCUCAACAUUACCAUCGGGAAUCUAGCGGAGCUUAUUAUUUUUACUGCUUUGUUGAAAAACAAUAUUAAAGUAGUUCAAUCAUCACUCCUCGGCUCCAUCCUUGUGAACCUCCUACUCGUCCUCGGAUCUGCAAUCAUAGCAGGCUGUAUCUCAACAAGUGAUGUGACGUAUAACACUGAUCUCACACAGUCAUUUGUGGGACUUCUGAAUCUUACAAUCUCUUGCCUUAUGAUUCCAAGCGCUUUCUAUGGCAGCGUAAAGAGCGUCACUUCUGCUGAUCAUAUGUCAUUAUCCUUCAGCAGGGGGGUGUCCAUCAUUCUUCUCGGCACAUAUUUCUUGUAUCUCUUCUUCCAGUUCAAAUCACACGCUCACUUGUUCCACUCUACCCGGCUUCAAGUGCCACACCCAAGCGAUCCUCAACCAUAUACAGACGACCUCGAAUCACAUCCCACCGAGCUCCCCACCGCAACGAGCAGAGAUAUUCGCCAGCUAGAGAUGCAGGAGGUGCGAUCACGGUCAUGUUCAGUCGACGCACAUACGGCAUCAGCAACGCCACUGUUUCACAGCGAACCAUCUGAAGGAAGAACGAGCCUCCACGCACAAAUGGAACCACCUGUCGGAGACUAUGAAGCAUGUUGCUGCCACGGCUAUGUUGUCAAGUCCAACCGAACGAUAUCAGUCACCCUCCUCGCCCUAUCAACAAUUCUCAUCGCUAUAUGCGCCGAGUACUUCUCUUCAAGCUUCUCAACGCUCAACGAACAGGGCGUCCUCGGUGAAUCCUUUGUCGGUUUGAUCGUCAUUCCCAUCGCCGGAAAUGUUGCCGAAAACGUUACUGCAGUUGUCGUGGCGUCGAAAAAUCAAAUGGAUCUUGCCAUCAGUGUUGCUCUCGGAUCAGCCAUUCAAAUCGGUCUCUUGGUUUCACCUGCCAUGGUGCUUAUUGGCUGGGCUCUCGACAAGCCCAUGACCUUGCAUUUUGACAGGUUCGAGAUGGUGACGCUAAUCGGCGCUGUUCUUUUGGUCGAUUUCAUCGUUCUGAAAGGAAAGACCAAUUAUCUGGAAGGGGCUAUCUUAUGUGCCUGCUUCGCGGCUAUUUCUGUUGGCGCAUUCUUGUUGCCGCUUACUUGA